UUGGUUGUGUUGUGCUAGUUCAGUGUUAGAACAGGAUUGAUAGAAGCUCAACUGCUCUGCAUCUUGCCUUUGCGUAUACCCUGUAAGCUUAACAUCGCUCCCCCCCCAAAAUGGGGGUGAAAUCUAGGAUGCUGUGGCUCCUGCCCUGCUUUCUAGCUGCCUUUGUCAAGGCACAGAAGGAAAUCGACCAAAAGUGGGUUGAUUGUGACAGAUCUGUGACUGGCUCAGUCUAUGAAUAUGGCGCACUCUCCCUGGAAGGUAGUCAGUAUAUCCCGUUCUCCAAGUACCAAGGGAAGAUGAUCCUGUUUGUGAAUGUUGCAACGUACUGAGGGCUCACCAUGCAGUACCUAGAACUGAAUGCACUACAUGACGAAUUAGUUUCUAGUGGGCUUGUCAUCUUGGGAUUUCCAUGUAACCAGUUUGGACUACAGGAACCAGGGAGUAAUGAGGAAAUUCCCCUGGGAUUAAAAUAUGUGCGUCCUGGUGGAGGUUUUGAGCCAAAAUUCCAGAUGUUUGAAAAGGGGGACAUUAAUGGGAAAAAAGAGCAGAAAGUAUACACAUUUCUGAAGAACUCCUGUCCUCCGGUGGGUAAUAAUAUAGGCAACCCACUUAACCGCCUUUUCUGGGACUCCCUCAAGACCAAUGAUGUCAAGUGGAACUUUGAGAAGUUUUUGGUGGGACCGGAUGGUCGGCCGUGGAGACGUUGGCAUCCUCGUACACCAGUCGCUCAAGUGAAAAGAGAUAUAAUUUUCCUCAUGAAGCCUCAGCAUGGUCAACAAAGUAUCCUUAUGCUGGGAAGGGAGCAGAAAUAAAACACUGUGUCAAUAUCUUAUACAACAUUUUCUAUUCCUGAUUAUCUCUGUGCUUCUUUGUGCUGUGACUGAUCAGUAGUGACUUUAGCUAGCUUUGGAUUCUUUCUGUAUGAAAGCCAAGUCCAAAAGCACGCGAGUGUGGGACUUGUCUGGAAACCAGUAUGUGGUGCAGCUGCUCUUUAGUGCAUUCAAGCUGCUGUGCUGCUCUGGGAUGGGAUCCAUAGUGUAGCCAUGUCUCUUAAUUACUACUUAAUCUGUAGACCAAAUUUAAUUCAUGUCAUUCAUCAAUAAAUCUUGCCAAUCUUAAAA